GGAGAGAAAACCUGUCUGUGUAUAAAGUUCAGUUUGAGAACAGAUCAUUUUAGUGCUGCAAUCUAGAGACAGAACGGAUUUAUGAACUGAAUGAAGUUUGUGUUUGAUGUUCUUCAUUGAGAAAGAGUGUUUUCUAGUGCACUGUAUCUAAUAUGAGUGUCUAUGAGAGAGAGAGGGGUGAUGUUCAGACACAUGAAGCAGCAUCUCCAGAACCCAGCUGUGUGUCUAUGAAGAGUGACGACGAGUCCAUACAUGUUCCACCUGAUCUCAGUGAAAGACAAAAGCAUCUGGAAAAAGCAUCUUCAGAACCCAGCUGUGUAUCAGUGAAGAGUGACAAGUCCAUAUGUGAUGGAUGUUAUCUCACUGCUCAAUGCUGUAAAUGUCUGUCUUCAUCUCUACAAUCAUCAAACUCACUGAGAGAGCUGGACGUGGGUCAAAAUGACCAGCGAGAUUCAGGAAUGAAGCUGCUCUCUGGUGAACCGAUGAGUUCACACUGCCAAAUCAACAAAAAAAGAAAAUCUACAAAGAAAAUAAAGAAAAAAAGAGUGAAGAGAGGUGAAGUGGUGCCCUGUCUGACCUGCACUGACCCUGACUGUCAGACCCUCAUCAGACAAAGAGUUAAAAACCAACACAAAACCAGCAUGAAGAACAAGUAUGAGAGUUUAUUUGAGGGAAUCAAACUAGACGAGAAUCAAACCCUCCUGAACAGGAUCUACACACAGCUCUACAUCAUAGAGGGAAAGAGUGAAGGAGUGAAUACAGAACAUGAGGUUUUACAGAUGGAGAAAACAGCCAGAAAACAAGACAAUCCAAUCUACUGUAAUGACAUCUUUAAACCCUUAAAUGAACCAAAAUGUGAGGAGAAAGAUGAAGUCAAGACCGUUCUUACUAAAGGCAUCGCUGGAAUUGGAAAAACUGUCUCAGUGCAGAAGUUCAUUCUGGACUGGAGCGAGGGAAAAGCCAAUCAGGAUGUAGAUUUCAUGAUUGUGCUUCCAUUUCGAGAGCUGAACUUGAUUAAAGAUCACCAGUACAGUCUUCACAGACUUCUGCUGGACUUUCAUCCUGAACUUCAAGAACUGGACACACAGAUUUAUGAGGAGUGUAAAGUUGUGUUCAUCUUUGAUGGUCUGGAUGAAAGCAGAAUUCCAUUGAUAUUUUCAGAUGAGGAGAAAGUUCUUGAUGUGAAUGAGUCUUCAUCUGUGGGUGUGUUGAUGUCAAACCUCAUCAGAGGAGAUCUGCUUCCCUCUGCUCUCAUCUGGAUCACCUCCAGACCAGCAGCAGCCAAUCAGAUCCCCUCAAAAUACAUCAACCGUGUGACAGAAAUUCAGGGAUUCAAUGAGCCUCAAAAGGAGGAAUAUUUCAGGAAGAGGAUCAGUGAUGAGCAUCAAGCCAACAAAAUCAUCUCACACAUCAGAAGAUCAAGAAGCCUCAACAUCAUGUGUCACAUCCCUGUCUUCUGCUGGAUCUCAUCCACUGUGCUUCAGAACCUCCUGAAACAAGAUGAGAGUGCAGAAAUCCCUCAAACUCUUACUGAAAUGUACAUCCACUUCCUGCUGACUCAGAUCAACAUGAGGAAUCAGAAGUAUGAUGAGAGAGAUCCAGAGAAACUCCUGAAGUCCAACAGAAACUUGAUUGUGAAACUUGCUGAACUGGCUUUCAAACAGCUGAUGAAGGGCAAUGUGAUGUUCUAUGAGGAGGACCUGAUUGAGAGCGGCAUAGACGCCACUGACGCCUCAGUGUAUUCUGGGAUGUGCACUGAGAUCUUUAAAGAGGAAUCUGUGAUCCAUCAUAGGAAAGUCUACUGCUUCAUUCAUCUGAGCUUUCAGGAGUUUCUAGCAGCACUCUUUGUGUUUUACUGCCAUAUAGUCGAGAAUGAGAAACCACUGAAGUUGUUUUUGAGUGAAGAAUAUCAGAUGUCUGGUGGUAUCACUGGUACAAGAGAAACACAAGUCUGUCUGUAUGAUCUACUAAAAGAAUCAGUUGAUAAAUCCUUACAGAGUGAAAAUGGACACCUGGAUCUUUUCCUGCGGUUCCUGCUGGGGAUCUCACUGGAGUCCAAUCAGAGACUGUUACAGGAUCUACUGACACACACAGUGAACAGCUCAGAGACCAUCAAGAGAAUCACUGAGUACAUUAAAGACAAAAUCAAGGGUGAUGAAGGUCUUGCAGCUAACAGAUGCAUCAACCUGUACCUCCUUCUGCUGGAAAUGAACAAUCAAACUCUAGAUAUUCAAGAGUUUGUGAAAUCAGAGAAUUGUUCAGUGAAUAAGCUCUCUUUUGCUCACUGCUCAACAAUCGCUUACAUGCUUCAGAUAUCAGAUGAGAAAAUCAGCACAUCAGAUGAGGGUACCAGGAGACUGAUAUCAGCUGUGCUGGAGUGCAGAAAAGCUCUAUGUGAUGGAUGUUAUCUCACUGCUCAACGCUGUAAAUGUUUGUCUUCAUCUCUAAAAUUAUCAAACUCACUGAGAGAGCUGGACGUGGGUCAAAAUGACCAGCGAGAUUCAGGAAUGAAGCUGCUCUCUGAUGAACCGAUGAGUUCACACUGCCAACUCAACAGAAAAAGAUCAUUUGGUUGUAUGGUAACAGAGAAAGGCUGUUGUUUCAUGGCUUCAGCUCUAAGUUCAAACCCCUCACAUCUGAGACAGUUGGAUCUGAGCUACAAUCAUCCAGGAAAAUCAUUUGUCAGGCUGCUCUCUGAUCCAAACUACAGUAUGGAUCAUGGAGAAGAGAUAAGGAUUGUAAAAGAACCACAGAAAUAUGCACGUGAUCUCACACUGGAUCCAAACACUGCGAACACUCAUCUUGCUCUUUCUGAGAGGAAUAGAAAGAUGACACAUGUGGAAGAGAAGCAGCCGUAUCCUGAUCAUCCAGAGAGAUUUGACGACUGUCUUCAGGUUCUGUGUAGAGAGAGUCUGACGGAACGAUGUUACUGGGAAGCUGAAUGGGAUGGUAACAUUAAUAUAGCAGUGGCAUGUAAAGGAAUCAGCAGGAAAGGAAAAAGUAAUGACUGUUUGUUUGGAUACAAUGUGAAAUCCUGGAGUCUGAAAUGUGUUAAUGAUAGAUUCGCUGUCUUUCAUGAUAAUAAGAGCACAGAAAUAUCUGUCUCUUCACAUCAGUCUAAGAGAGUAGGAGUGUAUCUGGACUGGCCGGCUGGCACUCUGUCCUUCUACAGUGUCUCUGACACACACACACUUACACACUUACACACAUUUAACAGCACAUUCUCUGAACCCCUCUAUGCUGGAUUUGGGGUUCAUUCGGAUUGAUCCGACAGACAGUGUAUCAGUGCUUCUCUCACUGAACAGCUUACAGUAAGAAACAACUGAGACACACAGCUGAGUGAAAGAAACACUCACUUUUUAUCUCUAGCUCUAAAUUCUUUCUCUCUUUUAAUCUCUAGGAUCUCUCACAGCUUGUGUCUUGAUCUUAAAAUUAUUAUGGGCUGGUAUUUAACCCUCAAAUUCUUUAUUAUAUCCUGUUACUUCCAAAUUCUCACGACCAUUUAAUAGAAAAUUAUUAUUAAUACUGUCAUUUUUAAAUCUGUGUUCAAUAGAUUUCUACAUUCUCACAAAAUGUUUUUCUUUUGUUCUCACGUUUAUCAGUCAAUAUGGAUCAACACUGAUAGAUAACAAAAAAGUCAAGUAUUUAUUAUGAAUAUUUGCAAAUCAAGCAUCUAGUAGUGUUGCGGUUUUAAAAUAUAUUAGGUGGUAUAGUUAUGGGAUAUUUUGUCUCAUGUCUCAGAAAUUUGAUUCAGGUUGGUAUUUUUUAAUGGUCAAAUUAGGGGACCUUUCGAUAUUCACACAGUUUUAAAUGUAUUAAUUGAAUGAUUAUAGUUCAUGAACGGUAGUUUUGAGUUACUCCAGCUGAACUGAAGCUGUAAUCAAUAUUG